AUGACCAUCAAUAGUAAAGCGUUUUGGCCUUUAGUAGCAGCUGUUGGUCUUGGUGUUAGUUUUGUUGGUUAUUGUGUGUAUUUUGAUCGAAAACGGCGAAAUGCACCUGAUUUUGUUGAAAAAUUAAAAGCUAAACGACACAAACAUAAAACAAGUGCUGGAAGCUCACGUAAUGAUAUUCAUAUGAGUAAUCCUGAAGCAAUGCAUCGAUAUUUUCUUGAACAAAUUCAACAAGGUGAAGAUUGUUUAUCUCGUGGUGAUUUUGAUAAUGGCAUUGAUCAUCUAGCAAAAGCUGUUGUUGCUUGUAGUCAACCUCAAAAUUUAAUGGGCUUCUUUCAACAAACACUACCAUCUGAAGUAUUUCAAGAAUUAAUCGGGCGUUUAUCAGAACUCGCUGAAUCCGUUCAUAAUCCGUCUUCAUUAUCUGCCGGCAGUAAUAGUGCUUUUGUGUCUGAAUUAGUCCUUGAAUAG